UUGCUUCUCACAGUCAACAGGAGAGCAGCUCAGGUUGACAACCAAUUGCCUGAAAGUGGAAAGAGAUUCCUUGUCCUCCAGCCAAAUCCAGGAUCCAAAAUGAUCCAAGCUCUGUUGGUUACUCUAUGUUUAGCAAUCUUUCCAUAUCAAGGGAGCUCUACAAAGGAGUCCUGGAAGCUUAAGGAUUAUGUAGUAGUCUAUCCACAAAAAGUGCAUGCAUUGCACAAAAGAGACACAGGUGAAGCUCAGAAGCCUGACCAAACGACUAAGUAUGAUGAUACCAUGCAAUAUGAAUUUAAAGUGAAUGGAGAACCAGUGGUCCUUCACCUAGAAAAAAAUAAGGGACUUUUUUCAAAAGAUUACAGCGAGACUCAUUAUUCUCCUGAUGGCAAAGAAAUUACAACAAGCCCUCAGAUUGAGGAUCACUGCUAUUAUAACGGUCACAUCCAGAAUGACACCGACUCAAUUGCCAGCAUCAGUGCGUGCCAUGGUUUGAAAGGGUAUUUCAAGAAUCAGGGUGAGAAGUACCUCAUUGAACCCUUGAAGCUACCCGACAGUGAAGCCCAUGCACUCUUCAAAUAUGAAAGUCUGGAAAAAGAGGACAAGACCCCCAAAAUCUGUGGGGUAACCAACACUACAUGGGAACCAGAUGAGCCCAUCAAAAAGACUUCUCGGACAAGCAUGAGUGCUGAAAAAAAGGAAUACUUGCAGGCCAAAAAAUAUGUGGAGCUUUUCAUAGCGGCAGACAACAGAAUGUUCAGGAAGUACAGCCGCGAUAUCAAUGCUGUAAAGAUGAAAGUAUUUGAUGUAGUCAAUUUCAUAAAUACGGUUUACAAACCUUUGAAUGUUUACGUAGCAUUGAUUGGCUUAGAGAUUUGGUCUGAUGAAGAUAAGAUUGAGGUCAACACAACAGCAGGUGUCACUUUGAACCACUUUUCGACAUGGAGAGAAUCAGUUUUGCUGAAGCGAAAAAGGAAUGAUAAUGCUCAGUUGCUCACGGCUAUUAACUUCGAUGGACCAACCGUAGGACUGGCUUUUGUUGGUACCAUGUGCAGUCCUUCGUUUUCUUCAGGAAUUGUUCAGGAUCAUAGCAACAACCCAAUUGCUAUUGGGGCAACAAUGGCCCAUGAGCUAGGUCAUAAUCUUGGCAUGAAUCAUGACACAGAUUUCUGUACUUGCAAGGCUGACUCAUGCAUUAUGACUGCCCAGCAAAGCUAUAAACCUCCCCGGGAGUUCAGUUCUUGUAGUUUCCAGGAUUAUCAGAAGUAUAUCCUGAGUGAAACCCCACAAUGCAUUAUCAACAGACCCUUGAACAAAGAUAUAGUUACACCUCCAGUUUGUGGGAAUGACUUUGUGGAAGAGGGAGAGGAAUGUGACUGUGGCUCUCCAAAGGAAUGUAAAAAUGAGUGCUGCAAUGCUACAACUUGUAAACUGAAUCCUGAGGCAAAUUGUGGAUAUGGGGAGUGUUGUGAGAAAUGCCAGCUUAAGAAAGCAGGAGCAGUGUGUCGGGCAGCAAAACAUGACUGUGAUUUGCCUGAAAUGUGCACUGGCCAGUCUGCUCAGUGUCCCUUGGAUCGCUUCCGUGUGAAUGGACACCCAUGCCAAAACAACCAAGGUUACUGCUACAUGGGGAAGUGUCCCACCUUGGCAAACCAAUGUAUUGAUCUCUGGGGGACAGGUGGAAAAGUGGCUGCAGAUUCCUGUUUUUCAAUCAACCAGAAAGGGGUUUAUUAUGGCCACUGCAGAAAAGCAAGUGGCACAUAUAUUCCAUGUAAACCAAAGGAUCUAAAGUGUGGCAAGUUAUACUGCAUAGGUGGUUCAAAAAUGCCCUCAGCUGGAAGCCUGGUGUCAUUUGAAUCAUGCAAAGGCAGCUUUCCGAGAGGAAAUGCAAAAGAUGUUGGAAUGGUUGAUCCUGGAACAAAAUGUGGAGAAGGAAUGGUCUGCAACAACGGGCAGUGUGUUGAGAUAGAAACAGCCUACAGAUCGACCAACUGUUCACACAAAUGCACAGGACACUCUGUGUGUGACCAUGAACUUCAGUGCCAGUGCGAAGAAGGAUCAGCACCACCUCACUGUGAUGACCCAACAGGAAAUAAUUAUAUCAUCAUCAUUGUUGUAGUUGUGGUAAUAAUUUCAGUAGUCACGGCCAUCCUCCUUGCAGUUCUCAUCGGCUGCCACAUUUUAAAGAAGAAACAAAAUGACAGCAUUCACAAAAGUGCACCUGCAGCCACAAAUCCUUCUUUCCCUGGUCCAGAUCAGAAGAGGAAACAACAUCUUAGUCCAAUGUCCAAUGAUUCAGAGAUAAAUUCUUUUAGAUUUCUCCUCCCAAUUUCAUCCCAAGCAAAUACACCAGAGGUCCAUGUUAAAAUCCCAGAUGAACCAUUAAGGCGCACAUAUGAAAAUUCCAGAAUGCCCAUUGUGAAACCAAAUAUUCCUCCACCUCCUGUUCCAACAGCAAAAUCCACCAUAUCUCCAGCUAUGAUAAAAAGAAUAAAUCCAGCUCCUUCUUCUCACCUCAAGUCUAAGCCAGCUCCUCCUCCACCUCCACCUCCACCCCAGGCACUGAAGCCCACUAAGUAA